CACAUAAACUGUAGCGUACUUAACUAAUUACUUCUAGUAUAAUACAAAAUCAGAGUAGUAUUAUGCCGAACCAACCGUACAUGCUGUGAGGUAUUUGUUCAUACAUUGCGUUGUACACAAAAUAUCCCGAGCGGCUAUGGAAACCUCCACCGGAGAUCUCGGUCUUAGGAACGAGAGUUGAAACCUACCUAGGUGCUUUAUAGUUCCGUACACUUGCCGAUCCGUUAUGUAGCCAGCAGCACUGAUCUGCGACAGCAUGUUUCCCCCGCAAUCAUGUGCUAUUCCCGUCGAGGCCAUCCUGGCCGAGAGCGCAUGAUGCUAUCCAUAAAGGGAAGCUGGUGUUACCGUAUCACAACAUUAUUGGACCUUGUCUGAACCCCGCCACCUGGAGUUGCAAUUACCAUCGCCUCCAAGAUCAGAGAACGGAAGGGCAAGGAUGCAAACCAUUUAGGUUACCAUAAGCCGAGUCAUAAGCCCAUCGGGCCGUCUGUCCAAUGGCAUACGGGUGCGCAAGGCGAGACCAUUGGAGACGGCGAAUCCUUAAGAUCUUCAUAUAUAUCAUGUUCAUGGGCCAUCAUCCUCCUGGCAGCGAAUGUGCCAGUGCGCUCAUCAUCAACUCGUCAACGGGAAUAAGUAUACAUAGAAGAAGCCGAAUGAUUGGUGUAUUGGUGUGAUCAGGCAGACUCCAAUAUAUCCAACACCACUAUGGCGGCAAUCUUCUGUGUGCUGGUGUUGGCUAGCUUGGCGACGGCAAAGAUCGCAUCAAACGUGUCAAGGCCCUCAUUGGCUGCUGACAUCAUCCUAGGCCAGCCCCUGGAAGGAUUCGUGAGCUUCUCAAUCGAAUUUUCGUCGUUCCCGGACUUCGCAGGAAAUGGAUCGAACCCAAACAAGUUUUCAAACAAUUUGCUCAACAACUUGGGUUAUCUCAUAGGGACUAAGCCUUACAUACGAGUUGGAGGGAACACGCAAGAUUAUGCCAUCUAUAACCCAAACCUAACAAUCGCGCUGAACGGCACCGUCAACGCGACUCGGUCUCCAGACUAUCCGACAACAAUUGAGAUCGGGCCAUUGUAUUUCGAGUCAUAUUUGACAUGGCCUAACGUCAAAUUUACCCAUGGCUUUAACAUGGGCGGAAACCAUGACAGCAGACAAUGGGACACUCUACUUCAGACGGCUGCCAUUGCGUGCAAAACCCUAGGCAAGGACAGGCUAAAUUGGUGGGAAUACGGCAAUGAGCCCGACCUCUUCUCGGUGAGCUCACAAGGUCCAGUACGGCCGUCUAACUACAGCGAAUCCGACUACGUGGCAGAGUGGCUCGCCGGCACGCGAGCCAUCAAAGGGGUUAUCACCGAGACAUGCCCUGAUAUGCUCGGCAACGAGACGUACGGGUAUCUGGCGCCGUCGUUCGCAGGCGUGGCGAAUGCUCUCGACGCAGCAAGCACAUGGGCCGAGGGUCUCGAUUCAGAUGGAACAGUACGGUACUUCUCUACGCACAACUACAUCUCGGGUGCGACCUCGCCCGGCGUGACGCUUCAGGGCACGCUGAUGAACCACACGCGCACACGUGCUAGCGUGGACGCACAUGUCUCUGAGUUCGCCGAAAUUUCGGCCGUCGCCGGCCCAGGUCUGAGGCAAAUCAUGGGAGAGACGAACUCGCUCUACAACCAAGGGAAGCCCGGGUUAUCGAACUCCUUCGGCGCCGCGCUGUGGGGGAUCGACUUCAACCUGUACUGCGCGAGCGUGGGCAUCGGGAGGGUUCACAUGCACAUGGGGACCAACUACCGGUACGCGAGCUGGCAGCCUAUCACGACGAACCUCGCUGUCGUGGGGACCAAGGCCCCGUACUACGGCAACAUCGCGGUCGCCGCGUUCCUGGGCAAUCUGCGCAUCGAGCCCGUGCGAGUCGCGCACCUGGACUUGGCCGCCUCGGAACCCAAUGCCACGGACGCAGAUAUCGGCGUCAGGGACUCUGCGUAUGCCGCGUACGUGGAUAAUGUGCUCACGCGCAUCAUGGUCAUCAACAUGCGCGCGUACAAUUACACCCUCAACGGCACCGGAGACCUCGACAUGCCGAGCCCUGCGCCGCGGAAGACGCGCACGUAUACCUUUGGCGUGGAAGGGUUUCAGGACGGGCGCGAGGUCGUCGUGCGAAGACUCUUUGCGAACGGAAGCGAUGCUAUCACUGGCAUCACGUGGGAUGGCCUCAGCUAUAAUUACGAGUUGGACAUGGGCAAGCCCGUGCGCUUGAGAAAUGUUACGACGGGCGAGAAGGUUGAGGUCAAGGGCGGCGCUGUCGAGGUCGCUGUCCCGGACUCGCAGGCUGUUGUGUUGGACUUCGACGCGGUUUGAGUGUGAUGCGUGUUUUCUGGGGAUUUCGACAAUUGAGCCAACGAGUCUUCGAGACGGGAAGCACGAGUAAUAAUACUUGUUUGAGGUAGAAGCCACGUCCCACGGGCUAUGCGCAAUGUUAGCAUGAAGCUCAAUGCUUCUAACACCUAGGGCAUAGAUUAAUCCAGCGCGAAGAGAGGAGGCCUCUCUC